AUGCUUACAGUUAAUUUCAAAAAAACAACCUUUAUGCCUUUCACAUGUUAUAGCAGCAAACUACCGCCAUAUGACUCAAUCCAACUAAAGUUCAAUUCAGAAAACGUUAUCCUAGAAAGUUGCAAUAAGUUUAAAUACCUUGGAGUCUUUCUUGACAGUCAUUUAAGGUGGGACUACCAUACCGAAUAUGUUUCAAACAAAUUAAGAUCAUUGUUGCACAACUUUCGUUUCUUCACUAAAAUCUUUAAUGUUGCACAGCUUAAAAUAUUAUACUAUGCACUUGCGCAGUCCCACUUAAAUUAUGGGAUUUUAGCGUGGGGUGCUGUCACUAAUAAGUAUCUAGAGUCGGUUACUAUAACGCAAAAAUGGAUAAUUAAAAUUAUAUUAAAAAAGGAUAGACUGUAUCCGACUCAUUUGCUGUUUAGCGAAUCCAGUAUUUUCGAUGCAAGACAACUCUACUUCCAAAAAAUUGCACUGGGUCUUUUUCAGAAUAAGAUUCAUGUGUCAAGUGUUGAUCACUCAUAUGCAACAAGAAAUCGUAGAAAUCAGGCAGUUGCAAGGCCCAAAGUCUCAAAAACUAUAGGUCAAAGAUGUUUUCAGUUCAUAGCUCCCACAGUUUAUUCAAAAAUCGUAAUAUUUCUUCAUACUCCGUCCACACUAGCUUUUAAAUACAAGCUAAAAUUAUUUCUUAGAACCCAGAUAACUCGAGAUGAGGUUCAUAGCAUAAUAGAUUUCAAAAAUAAUUAG